AUGCCUUUGAGGUGUGCGUGCCUGUGCCUGUGCCUGUGCAUGGGCGGGCGGGGCGAAGAGGCGCAUGGAAGCCGACGAAGCUUCGACGCUGGCUCGCCUUUGGACAUGGGCGCGCUGCCCACGGAACCGCCGCUAGCACCACGACGACGUCUCGUGUCGAGCACAUGCACGUGGUUGCGCAACGCAUGCAAUAGAGCCGAGGCCUCUUCUGGCCUGAAACCCGGGGGGGUUCGCGGUGCAUGUGGUGCUGAUGCUGGUGCUGGUGCUGGUGCUGGUGCUGCCGCACAGAAUGCGGCGACUAUGUUUGGAAGGUUUGGGGUUGUUCAAAGUUUGCCUCCCUCGGCCUUGUCGUCGCCCGGAACAAUGGCUCCGUUUCGAGAAGCGCGCUAUACAAGUACAGCCUGCCCUCCACCUAGUGCACACCAAGUACACUACCACUACCACUACCACUAG